UAUUAUCUGCCCUGAAGUCGACCGGUUUGGUUGGGGUCGACGCGGCGCGACCAAGAAAAAAGUAGGGAUGGGAGUGCAGAAGGAGAUUCUGAAGACCGGCAAUGGAACCAAGCCUGUCCGCGGCCAAAACGUCACCGUCCACUGUACUGGCUUUGGUAAGGAUGGUGAUCUAUCAAAAAAGUUUUGGAGUACCAAAGAUCCCGGACAACAACCAUUCACAUUUAAGAUAGGCUUGGGUUCUGUUAUCAAAGGAUGGGAUGAAGGUGUUAUGGGCAUGGAAGUUGGUGAAAUUGCACGUCUCCAGUGCUCUCCAGAUUAUGCUUAUGGAGCUAAUGGAUUUCCAGCAUGGGGAAUUCAACCUAACUCUGUUUUGGUAUUUGAAAUUGAAGUCCUUGGUGCCCAGUAGUACUGAUAGAAUUCUGCUAUUUCAACUGGAAGUAUUAUGACUGUCUUUUUGUUUUACACGCUUGUAACUGAUAUUUAAGCUGGAUCUAAUGGCAGUCACCUGAUGGUGCAUUACUGGAGGCUUUGAUUUACCUUACACAAAUAUUUUCAAACCUUAGGCAGUAACUUUUUUUAUAUUUGUUGGAGGCUUCUUAUUUCAAUCCAUGCUUUUUUAAAUUGUAUGCAGAAUGCUUUAAGUUGUGAUAACCAGUAUGGUCUUCCAAUGA